AUGGCGGAUUGCGGUGCAAUGUACAACGUAUAUAUAACCACCGUCUGCGAGGGCGUGGUGAAGGCGCGAUGUGCAGCCGAGAGAUGGUGGGAGGUUAGUGCGUGUAUGGACCUAGGCCAGAUAAAGCCGGGGCUAGGCUGUGGUGGGGAAACUAGCGGAGAGGCAAGGGAAGGGUUCCAAGGGUGGGUUAGAGACAAGAAUACAGGACUGGAGGAGGAGAGUUGGCUAGGUGUGGUGGGUAUGAUGGUUGUUGGCCUUUAG